AGGUGGGAGUUUCUUGUGUUUCUUGGCUGGAGAAGACAAAAACACUACAGCGGCUUCUCCUUCCUUCCAAUCACGCCAGCCCACAAGCGUGCGUUUUGAGGUAUGGUCCAGUGCUGAUGGCUGCGCUGUUCAUAUCCAGAGCGCCCCCUGUAGAAGGGAGGCCUGUGGUGCUGAGUAUCCCGGGCCUCCUGGAUUUAAUUGAAGACGAGAACAGCACAGCUGAGAGAUGCUACCGCUCACACUCUCGCAGCAGUGUCCUCCAGGGUCUCCCCUUUGGGGGGAUACCCACCGUCUUGGCCGUCAAUGUGGUCCUGUGGAUGUUGCUUUUACUCAUCUUCUCCUGUCUGAGGAAGGCUGCAUGGGACUAUGGCCGCCUGGCUCUGCUGAUGGACAACGACAGCCUGUCUUCCCUGUUUUAUGGAGAAGCGAAUGAGAAGGAGAAGUCUCCCUCAGAGUCCAGCCCUUCUGACACCGAGACCAAGGACAUGGGGUUUUGUUCAUGGCUCACUUCUCUUUACCAGAUGAAGGAUGAGGAGAUCCGCAGCAAGUGUGGCAUUGACGCCGUAACUUAUUUGUCCUUCCAGCGCCACAUCAUCCUGCUCAUGACUGUGGUGUGCCUGCUGUCUUUGGCUGUGAUCCUGCCAAUCAACUUUUCUGGGAAUCUCUUGGGAGACAGUCCUGAGAACUUUGGAAGAACAACACUGGCUAAUGUUAGCGCAAAGGACAGCUUCCUGUGGCUGCACGCCAUAUUUGCGUUAGUCUACUUUGUCAUCACGUUCCUAUGUAUGGCUCACCACGCCGUACGGCUGCAGUACAGAGAAGAUGAGAAGGUUGCAAGAACAUUGAUGAUCACAUCCAUACCCAGAGAAAUUUCCGACCCAGGAUUGAUUACCAAACACUUACAUGAGGCUUACCCCAGUUGCACUGUCACCGACAUACGCUUCUGCUUUGACAUCAAUAAACUAAUGAGGCUGGAUUUAGAGAGGCGCAAGGCCAUGAAAGGAAGGCUGUACUUUGCCACAAAAUCCCAAAAGGAGGGAAAGGUCAUGAUGAAGACCCACCCGUGUGCUCAGAUAUUCUGCUGUGACAUUUGUGGCUUUGAAAAGGUGGAUGCAGAACAAUACUACAGCGAGUUAGAAGAGAAAUGGACGGAUGAGUUCAAUGCUGAGAAGAACCACAUCUUUAUGAAGCGGCUUGGGGUCGCUUUUGUGACCUUUCGAGAUGAGAGGAUGACUGCUGUAAUUGUGAAGGACUACAGUCGCGUGCGCUGCCGUAGACGACCUCAGCAGUCCAGCAUCACCACCGUGGUUCAGUCUCACCAGUGGGGCAUCAGCUACGCACCGGCUCCCAGUGACAUCAUCUGGGAAAACCUGUCAGUGUGUGGAUCCCGCUGGUGGCUCCGCUGCCUCCUCCUCAACAUCCUCCUCUUUCUGCUGCUCUUCUUCCUCACCACUCCCGCCAUCAUCGUCAACACCAUGGACAAAUUUAAUGUCACCAGGCCCGUGGAGAGUCUGCAGAGUCCUAUCAUCACUCAGUUCUUCCCGACCCUCCUCCUGUGGGUGUUUUCAGUCCUGCUGCCAUUUAUUGUCUACUACUCGGCCGUCUUUGAGUCCCACUGGACCAGAUCCGGGGAGAACCAAGUCACAAUGCACAAGUGCUUUUUAUUGCUGGUUUUUAUGGUCCUCAUCCUACCAUCGCUUGGUCUGUCCAGUCUGGAUUUAUUCUUCACUUGGCUCUUUGAUAUCAAUUUCCUAGAUGAAAAGGACAUCAAAUUCCAGUGUGUUUUUCUCCCCGACAACGGCGCAUUCUUUGUAAACUAUGUGAUCACUUCCGGGCUGAUCGGCACCGCUAUGGAACUGCUUCGUAUCCCGGCGCUGACGGUGUAUGGCCUUCGCCUGUGCUUCGCAAAAUCUCAGGCUGAGCGGAUUCAUGUCAAACGGAGUCAAACCUAUGAGUUCCAAUUUGGCCUGGAGUACGCCUGGACCAUGUGUAUCUUUGCCGUCAGUGUGACCUACAGUAUCACUUGUCCGAUUAUUACACCCUUUGGUCUGCUUUAUGUGAUCCUGAAACACAUGGUUGACCGCUACAACAUCUACUAUGCAUACGUUCCCACCAAGCUCAACCAGCACAUCCAUCGAGCCGCCAUCCAUCAGGUCAUCUUGGCUCCCAUCCUCUGUAUCUUCUGGCUGCUCUUCUUCUCCGUUCUCAGAUUAGGUGCAGUGCAUCCCAUCACCUUGUUUACUUUGGUGUCCCUGCUCUCCUCCAUUGCCGUUUCCUUUUUCCGCUUGUGCCUUAAAAAGCAACAGGACAAGUCAACAAGCUACCAGAUGUCUAAUCAACCAGCAGAGAGACCGCUACCUGAUACAGAGAGGACUGCAGUCACUUCGACCACAGCGUCUAAUCUGUUUGUGGCAUCCGUCCUGCUGGAGCCAGAGCUUGCGUUGACCCCCAUGCCCUCCCCGGCCCACCACAGCUAUGGCGCUAUGGCCAGCUCCCAAAAUUCAGCCCAUGGCCCAACAGAAGAAGAGGGAGGAGCGGAAGAACACACCCAGACCCGUGAGACUCGGCUCCAAGACCCCCCCGAUACCUCCCGCUCCAGCCCGCUCAUGGACAGCCCAGUGGGCUACCAGUAAUGCCACCUUCCCCUUAGAGCUGGUUCCCACAUGUACUAUGUCACCUGAGGUUGCUUCAAAGCCACGUUUGCUCUCGCCGCUUGAUCUUGAGACUCCAACUUUGCUCCCUCACAAGAAUGGAGAUUACUCAAAUGAUGGGAGUUGGAGUGAUGAAAAGACUGGAUCCACCUUAUCAUAUCCAGAAUAUGUCUCAUACACCCAAAGUACCCGCCAGUCGCGGUAAAUUCCAUCCUCCUCCAUGACUCUUUACCCUCAAGCGAUUCAAAGCAAACUGUGUUUGGAUAUCUGUCACAAACGCUACACACGAGUGGAGGUGAAAGAUCCCACCAGUGUGGGUAGUGUGAGCAGGCUCGCCCUGCCAGACUGACAGAGCGGUCUGGGCUGGAGUGAUAUCUGGUUGAUGGCGGCCAGAGAACGACGAGGGUGCAGCGAGUUGCAAAGCCAUCUGCGGUGAGAGAGCUGACAGACGGAGGGUGCAAUGUAACGCAGAGAUGUACUGUAAGAUAUGUACACUCUCCAACCGUCGUAUUUACUUCAGCAUUUAUUUUUACUGCUGUUAUUGGCUUUUUGAAUUGUUGAUUAUUCUCUUUUGAUUGUGUAGUUCAAUGUUUCCCAACCUUCAUUAGGCCAAGGCAUGUUUUUUUUCAUUAAAAAAAAAAGUCAAAUGUCACGAAAAGUCUACUAUCUAGUGGAAGAGCAUGUCAGUUUUUCCUGCCACUACAUAUCACUGGCAUAGAUAGAUGGAUUUUUUUUCUUUUAUUAAAUCAAUGGAUGAAUUAAUUGAAAAUGUAUAAUUUGCUAUUCUCUAAAUUCAUAAUAAUAUUCUAUUCAUAUUUUGUUUGCUUCAAUCAGUACUUAGACCUCCAUCCCAUUCUCACUAAUGUGGCAUGCAGCAAGGGAAGAACAAUUCUGACACAGGAAGGCCGGACCCUAGAUUAGAACCCCAAAUCUCAGAAGGCAGAUGUGCAAACCACUCGUAGGCUACACAGUGCUGCCGUCCAAAAAUUUUGGCGCGAAUGUAAUAUGAUUGCAAUAUGUCCCGCCGCCCCACCCAGCAAUCGUCUCAUUUUGCUGUGCCUUGAAGAACCACUCCCUUCCUUGUGACAAUCUAGCAUGGCCUGAAAUAUGCUGCAUGAGCUGAAGACUACAGAGCAGGCAAACUAAUAUAAAAUGUUGUUUAAAAUAAAAAAAUAAAAAGUCAGUGGCUUUAUGGUUCUUUUAGGCAGCAAACACCAGUCGUUGUGAGCUAAUUCAGACAAAAUGAAGUUAUCCAACCAGAUUCCAACUCAUUUGUCCUCAACUAUUUAAAUGCAGCAUGUCAACAGAUAACUUUGCAACUAAGGCAAUACUGGGUUUGAUUGGCCUUAGUAUGGACAAGAAAGUCCCAAAGCUUUUGGAGUCCGUGUAUAUUUAUGACAAAUGAAUUGUAUCUUUUGAUGAAGAUCAAGUGAAAUAGUCCAACCUCUGCAAAAAGUGACAUUGUGUGGACAUUUUCCCAGAUCAAAUGUGUAUUGUGUAUUUUAAUUUGGUCAAAUUGAUGAGCAUUCGAAUGGACCUGCCCUUACCCAGAUGUUUCUUUCUUGCUCAUCCUAUUUGUAUGCGUGGCCAUAUUCAAAAACAGCAUCAUUUGAGAGAAAAAAAAGAAGAAGAAUCCUUUCUUAGUCUUGUUACCAUUGU